ACGCUGCUUUGCAUAUUACAAUAAUUCCAGGAAGCUUUUAUAGGUCGGCUGUGUGUUUCCUGCACCUACGCCACCUUGUUUACCGUGCUCUUUGUCGCUGUCGAACUCAUUCGUCUAUUAAAAACCUGUUUCAAAACUUUGUAAUUGAGCUGUACUGAGGUUUAUGUAGGUUCAAACGCGGAUCAUGAAGUUCUUGUACCUGAAAGGUGCUGUGUUUUUCCCCUUCAUACCUGUAGUGCUGAAUCUCCGACUUAUGGAUAAUGGACGCUCGCUGAACUGUACACGAGAGGAAGUACAGUGUACUGCAGAGUUCAAUAAUUGCCUGUAUAAAGAAUGGCUCAUUCCUUCAGAUUUCACUCCCAGUGAACCGGAUGAUUUGUCAGUGUAUGUUGAUGUAAGAAGCAAUAUGAAAGGUGAUGUGGAGCCAGUGAUUGUGGCAGAAUGGAAAGCAAAGGAUGAUGGCAGUAUAAUUCAUUUGAAAGGAACAGAGCUUGCUGUGUUGAAGUCAUCAACCAAUGAACAUCUAUGUGUUCAUUACAAGUUCCUCCAAGUUUUUAAGUCCAUGAGAAAUAGUGUUGGUGAAAAGUGGUCUUUUUCUUUGGAUAAAGUUGUGGUAGAUCCAGACAGCACAUAUGUAGUGACUGUCUCCAACCUUCCCAAGCCGAAUUUACAACACACCAGUUACAAUAUUAACUUAAAAGUUAAUGUUCCAGGUUGUGACGACCUUUUGAUGAGAACAACCAAAAUCUGUUUUGAAAGAGGGGAUACAUGGCGACCCAACGUUACCGUAGGAAGGACCACAGGUGUAAAUGGCAAGGAUAUUCUGUAUGUUGCAUUUAAUCCUGGAGAGAACGCAGAAAAAUACAAUGUUUUUCUUAAGUGCAACAGGGACACCGAAAUGAAGACUCUUUAUAAUGAGAGCAAUCCAUUACUAAAUGUGACAUAUAACCUGGAGAACUGGUCACGUACAUGCUGUAAUUUUGAUGUUCAGAUCCAGCCAUUUUUCCGGAAGUGUGCCAACGACUGUCGUCGAAAGAAUCACAGUUUUAACAUAUGUGGUCCUGUACCAACAAGCCCUCCUGAGAACAACUCAGCACUUCAGAUCAUUUGUGCUGGAUUAUGCCUCUUAAUUUGUGCCAUUGGUAUUUGUGCUAUUUAUUUGCGCUGCAGGAAACCACAGAAUGGUCAAAAAAAGCCACAGGAACCACCACGUCUUGUACCACCAGUUUCAUCCGGCCCACGAUCCGUAUUAAUCAUCUACUCCAGAGAUCAUCCCCUUCACACAGACAUAGUCCUGAAGCUUUGCGCCUUCCUGCGGGCCAAAUGCGGCAUUGAGGUCAUGCUGGACCUACUUGACGCCACUUGGCUUGGCACCAUCGGCCGGCUACAGUGGCUUGAGGAAAAAAAGCGACAGAUUGAGCAGUCGUCAAACAAGAUCUUGGUCCUUUGCUCCCGAGGAGUGCAAGCCAAGUGGGGGGCGAUGUGUGGAGAGCCUCGCAUCCUCCUCCGGGAAGACGUGCGCUCUCCGGUCGGUGAUAUGCUGACUCUCGCCCUUCAGCUGAUUACACCUGAUAUGCAGCGUCCGGCUUCUUACGGGAAGUAUUUGGUGGCUUACUUUGAUGACGUAAGCAGCGAAGGCGAUGUGCCGUCUAUGUUUGACAUUGCGAUCAAAUAUAAGCUGAUGAAGCAUUUCGAGGAGCUCUAUUUCCGUAUCCUCGAUGUGGAGAAGUAUCAGCAGGGAGUGAAGCACUGUAUCGAGGGUAUCGGAAAGGACGAGUACUUCAAAUGCCCCUCGGGCGAAGCCUUAAGGAACGCAAUCGAAGCAUUCCAGGCACACCAAUUGAAGAAUCAAGACUGGUUUGAGAAAGAGUGCGUGACCAGUGAGGAGGAAGUGAGAGGGGAAACCGAUCCACUUCUUGUGAUGCCCAUGCAGCCAAUAUAUGAAUUAACACCUAUGCUAAACAUCGGACUCCCAAUCCUUGUGAAGGAGGUAGACAUCAAUCAAGAGGCAAAGAGUGUCUGCUCUGUAAGUCCCCAAAUUCAAGAGAACCCUGAAGAGUCAUCUGUGGUGAUUAUUAAUCCAAGAGUCCAGCCAGAUCACAGUGUACUUUCCUAUUAUCCACCAAUGGAAUGUCCUCUUGAAUUACCCAGCGUGACUGGUAUUAGGACACCAAUGGACCCACAAAUCUAUCCAUGUUUCCUCGCUGAACCAGGACCAGUGGAACCGUCACAUCCUCCUUUUGCGUUUUCAUUGGGAGAACCAUCAGAUAAUUGUCCGACGGACAGCAGAAAGUGCUUUUUGAUAGCACCUCCACCCUCAAUGGAAGACAGCUUCAAUCUGAAUCAGGAGAUUCAGCCAGUGGAGAUGGAGGAAAGUGAAAUGGAGGGUGCUUCCGAGAUGAGACCAUCACGAGGGUCCGAUCAGGGAUAUGGUUCCAGAUAUUCCACAGUGAGGGAGGACCCCAAGUUUCAGCAAGACUGUUCCUCUCUGGCCAAGUUACAAAUGCACCUCUUUCAGAACAGCCCGAUCUCUUCUAGUUUCUGCACCAGAAUGAAGAUCUGAAUUUCUUGUACGUCUUUUGGCUGUUUUUGUGAUUUGCAGUGUGCCGUAGUACCAUGGCACAGUGUUCUUGAACAAUCUAUGUUUGGCCGUCACUCCUAAAACAUUCAAACUAUUUAUGUCAACAGAAACAGGAAACAGACUAGAUGGACGAGUUCAAUGAUCAGCUCUUUUACUGUGGAGCAGAACAAGUACCUUGUUAAACAGCUUGAUAUAGAACAGCACAGCACAUGAUUUUAAGCUUAUGUUAGCUACCGAACACACAUCUAAGAAAUUUGGUUGGGCUUGCAAUGUUACACUUGUAUUGUUUUUCAUAUUUGCUCAGAUGAAAUUUUUUGUUGUAUUAUAUUGCACUAUUGUAUUUUAUUUUUCAUUCCAGUUUAACAGCUAUAACCAUUUACUCUGGAAGUUUUUAUAUAAUAUUAUGUAAGUACAUUUCUAAAUUUAUAAAGCAGCAUUAUUUGGUAAUUCUUUUUACUUACUAAUUUAGUUAAAGAAUCACUUUACUUGCAUCAAAUGACAUCCAACUUUGGACCUCAAAUUACUUUUUAACCAAUUUAACCAGGAUGCUUCUAGACCCUUGCAGCUGUUGCAGUGCAAAUAAUGUCUUAUGUAAACAUAACUUAACUUGCAAACUAAAGCCCUUGUAAGAAAUUCCUCUGUAAAACAUUAAUGUGGAUAAAUAGCGAGAGGUGGGGUUGGAAGUCGCUUUCCUUAUCAAAAAGGUUAUGUACAUACACUAAAACCUGUAGUUUAAAAAACAUGCGUAGUAUGUAGUGGUGUAUAUUUGUCAGGUUAAAUACUGCGCAAUGAGGCACAAAAAUCCCAUAAUGCACUUUCGGCCUGCAUAUGUAACACAUUUAGCUCACCCUGUACCCCAGUCCUCAAAGCACAAGAGUAAUAAUAUGUUAGAAUAAGGAUGCACAUUUGUUAGUAAUUACAUGUUAGACUAGCAUAUAUAAUACUCCGUUUUAAAACUAAAAGUGACAGGACAAGUUUGCUUGUGAUAGCUUACCCAAAAAUGAGUAUUCUGUGAUCAUUUACUCACACUCAUGUCACUCUAAACCCGGAUGCAUUUAUUUAUUCAAGAUAUUUAGAAAAAUUAGUUUUUUGUCCAUUCAAUGAAGUUCAAUGGGGUCCAAACCAACAUUGUUUGGACCCCAUAGACUUUCUUCAUAUGUGCAAAAACAUUAUUUAAAAUAUCUUUGUUUGUGUUGCACAGAAGAAAGCAAGUCAUUCAGGUUUGAAACGACAUGAGGGUGUGUAAAUGAUGUCAGAAUUUUCCAUUUUGGUGGAAACUUGGAGUGAGAAACAUGGAUAUUAAGCUUUGACAUAUUUGUUCAAGUUCCUGGUGUAAACUUAGUGUAAGAAAUGAACUUGGAAAUAUACAUAUUUAGAUUCUCAUUUAGACAUAGAUGCACUGCAUGUAGAUUAAUGGAUAGUGUCCUCUUGAAGUCUGUCUAUCGGCACUAUAAUUGUCAUGAUCAAAAUAUUAUUAAUUGUGAUAAUCAUACCUUAUUUACUGGCAUGAAUAAAAUAGCAUCUGAAAUUGAGCAGAAUAACAGACUAGUUUGUGAUUUCAACCAUGAGGUUCUGUAAAGAGAGGUAGCCUUGUACAAACUGAUGAUGGUAAUACGGCUGGUUGGGACCAGCAAUGGAGUUUGGUCAUUAAAGAUGGAUUACAGUUAUCCUCAUAGACUCUAUACUUAAAGUAGCCUAUUAUUACAUUAAGGAACAUUAUGAAUCCAUAUCAUACACCGUUCGGCAGUUUUCCAUUCCUAAGUACCAUUGCCACUGACAAAAGUAUUUCAAAUAGGAAAGGACUACAUCACAUUCACAAUUUGAAGUGUACACCAAGCCUAACAAGUCACAAGGCAUAUUUACACUUGACGAGUGCAUUUAGGAACAUCUCUUGACUAAGUAUCUGAAAACACUAUAAACAUGUGUCUACAUGAGCCUACUGUCA